AUGGUGCAAUCAAAUCCGAUUUUUCGGUACUCGAAACAGUGCGAGGUAGAAGUGUGCUCGGUUUGCUUGUGUGAGUUCAAGGAAGGCGAGGAGGUGCGGCUAUUGCCCGAGUGCUUGCACUUGUUUCAUGUGGCUUGUGUUGACACGUGGCUCAACUCCUACUCUACUUGCCCGAUUUGUCGUGCCGAUACUAUGCCUCCACUCAAUGCCGUCUUGUCUUUGCCAAACCCAGCUGGAACUUCCCGGGCCGGAGCCGGAACUCCACAGGUCGCCGGAUUUGGAAGCAUGGUCGAUCUACAAUGA